AUGGAUGAAAAUAAACUCAGUGAUGACGUAAUUGAACAAAUAAAAGAUUUUAAACAUAAUAAUUUAUCAAAAGAGCAAGAAUCAUUAAUUGAUAAACUGAUAUUAAAUGAAGAAUUAAAAACUUAUUAUAAAGAGUAUGGUUUAUGUAACGUAUGUAGCCAGCUUAAAAGGAAUCGUAAAUUAUGUAAUUAUUGCCUUUUACAAAAUUUUAAAAAUUGUACCAGUGGAAAUUAUGAAGUUGAUAAAUUAAUUCAAAAAGCACAAUUAAAAGCUAAAGAAUUUUCCGAAAUUUUUGAAUGGAUUGAAUAUGAUAGAUUUGAAAAUGUUGAAUAUUUGGCGAAAGGAGGAUUUGGAACUGUUUUUAAAGCAAUUUGGAAAGAUGGUCCUAUAUGGAAUUAUUAUUAUAAUAAAUGGCAAAGACUUAAAGAAACAAAAGUUGCUUUAAAAUCACGAAAUUCUUUUUGGAUAAUUCAAUGUUUUGGUAUCUCUAAAGAUCCUGAAACGAACAAUUUUAUGAUGGUAAUGGAAUUAAAAGAAGGUGGUUUAAGACAACAUUUAAAUAACAAUUUCAUUUCACUGGAUUGGAGGCAAAAGUUACGUAGUUUACAAGGUAUUGCAUAUGGUCUUAAAGAUAUUCAUAAUAAUGGAUUAAUUCAUCGUGAUUUUCAUUGUGGAAAUAUAUUAAGUAAUUUUGAUGAAAAAGCUUUUAUUACCGAUUUGGGAUUAUGUCAACCAGCAAAUGUAGAGACUUCUCAUGAUAGUGAUAAAAAGAUAUUUGGAGUAUUACCUUAUGUGGCUCCUGAAGUUCUAAAAGGAAAAGAAUAUACUCAACAAAGUGAUACUUAUGGAUUUGGAAUUAUUGCGUAUGAAAUUUGUACAGGGUAUCCUCCUUAUCAUGAUAUAGCUCAUGAUGAUUUCUUAGCCAUGAAAAUUUGUCAAGGAUUAAGACCAACAUCUAAUUAUAAAAUUCCUCAGCUAAUUUUUGAUAUAAUUAAUCGAUGUUGGAAUGCAGACCCUUUAAAACGACCUAAAGCAGAUGAAUUACAUGAGUUAAUAUGGGAUUUAUAUUCACAUAGCAUUAAAUAUUCUGAAAUCACUAAACAAAUUGAUGAAGCAAAUAAAAUUAACUAUAAGUUGUCGUCUUUAACAGUUCAAACAACAUCAUCAUCUACUAGUACACUCUCAUAUACAACACACCCUCAAGCAAUUUACACAAGUAGACUUUUAGAUUUUAAAAAUCUUCCAAAACCAAAAAAUGAUGAUGAUAAUAAUGAUAAUUCAUUUGAAAUGGAAUUUUCAGAUUCUGUAAAAAUGGAUUUUACCAAACUCAAUUUCAAUUCAUAA